AAUAGACACGACAUUUUCCAAUUAUUUCUACUUCAAUUCAUCCCGCUUCCCUUGGCAUUCGUUUCAACUCUUCUAUCUACCGCAAAAACUGGUCUGAUUAUUUAACCUGUUCUUCAUCUAUUCAAAGCACGCACAUUGAUUAGGUUACCACAAACAGCCCCAUCUUGAUCGCCUCUCCUGGGCAGUGGGUCAAACGUCUUGGAUUCUCUACUUAUCAAAAUCAUAUCCCAUGAUUCUUCCCAUGCCCUCAAGUUUGGGGAUAGGACGCUGGGUAGUAUCCUUGUGUCGUGUAUCACAAUCUUCUAUUGUGGUGACCAAUAGUCUUUUUGUGGCCUAAAUUCGGAAUUCUAAUGAACUUGCUUUGGGUAUGAAGAUCUGUCAUCUGAAGAAUCUGAUACAACGAGCAUCAGAAGAAUCCGAUACAAUGAGCGUGGAAGCAUGAGAUGACGGCUUGAAUUGUUUCUGAAAUCAUUUAAUGGGUGCGAAUUGGUUCCUAUUAUUGUUCAGUACUGAGUGGCUAACGUUCUCAUCUCAUUAGCAGGCAAGAAUGAUUCUGUGCUCCACACUACUUGCAACAGAUUUUGUAGGAGAAUGCAUACCAUUAAGAUAUCAAUAUGAGCUAUUUAUCCAUAGCUGACUUAUAUGGUGAAGUUUGGUCGAUACACGGUUGUUAAAAGGCAUAAGACUUUCCUUUCUACUGUUUGUACAUCUACAUCUACAUCUACAUCUACGUCCCCAUUUCCAGUCGUGUACACAGUUCUUUCUUUCUUGUUGCACUUUAUAUUGUUUCAAUUCUAUACAGGAUCCGGGCGAUUCUCCUAUUAUCUAACUCUUAUUCAUUUAUUCUUAGUGCAGGACACAUUCCUUCCCUUCCUUCAAUAUGUAUACAUCUAUCCUAUUUCAAGCGGCAUUAUUGUCCGUAGCUCAAGCUCACGGUGUUAUCCUUGCUGCUCAAGGUAUUGCAGGAUCCCCCGCAAGUGUAGGAUUUAAAGGUACUGAGACAUUGAAUUAAACUUCCCAUAUUUCGGAAUAUUAAUCUAAUUUAAUUUACUUAGUUGAUGGUUCUAUCGCAAGAAAUUGUACCAGCAUCAGCCCUUGUCAACAAGAUACAACCAUCAUUCGUGAUUCCGAAAUUGCAGCCAAUAUCGUCAAUGAAUGUGGCCGUACAGAAUUGAGCGGCAACAUCGAUGUAGGAGAAAAUACUGAGAAUGCACUGGCAGCCAAAGCCGUCACACAAGUCAAAGCCGGCACAUUGAUGACCAUUACUAUUCAUCAAGUUAACGCCGAUGGAGCUGGUCCUUACUCCUGUGAUCUCGAUCAAACCAGUAACGCUGGUAUAAUUUCUCAAAAUCUGACCGUUACGAAUAACGUCCCAGGUGUAAACGGUCUCUCUCAAGCUAAAACCCAAGACUUCAAUAUCACCGUUCAAAUGCCCGAUAACCUUGCCUGUACCGGUGCCUCCACCGGAAAUAUUUGUACCGUUCGAUGCCGGAACAAUGCUGUCGCUGGCCCAUUCGGUGGUUGCUUCCCUGUUCAACAAAUCGAUGUUGCCGCUACUAAUAACACGGCCAAUUCAAUUACCACCGCUCAAACACUUAAAGGCAUCGAGGCACAAGUUCAAGAAAACAACGUCGAUCUUCCCGUUGCCAUUGCUGCUAACCAAGCCGCUGGUUCCGCUGAAGGUGUGAAGGGUUUUGCCGGUGCUAAUGGUAUAUUCUCCUCAUUCCCCACCUCUAGCUCCACCAAAAAAGAUCAUCAAACUAACAAACAAACAGCCCUCCUUAGCGCCUCUGUCACGUCCGUAGCAUCCCCAGUCAUGACUCUCCCGGUAGUAAAUGGAGGAGCCAACUCCACCAUUGCAAAUACUACCUCAUCUGCCUCUUCCGCUACACAAACACCUACUAAAGCCAACGGUAGCGGAAAAGGCAACGGUAACGGCAGUGGCAAGGGUAAGGGUAAGGGUAAGGGUGAUGGCAACGGUCGUGGCAACGGUGGAAAUGGAAAUGGAAAUGCCAACACGAAGGGAAACGAAAACGAAAACGAAGACGAAAACGAAGAUGGAAAUGAAAAUGCCAGCACGAACGCAAACGAAACUGAAAACGAAAACAGCAACGAAGACCAAAACCGAGAAAACAACAACAACAACAACCAAGCAAGAAAACCACCAACCCUAAAAUGGGCCAAUCGACUCUUCCAAUCCGAUACCUGGGAAGACCCUUCCAACUAGCUGCGACGUUCGCUCCAUUCUAUACCAUACCAUACAUACUGUGUAUUAAUAUUAAUAUUACCACAGUAUGCUAUACUAUAGUAUAAUUUACACAAAAAGACAUACUUGAAGCACGAGUGUAUAACUCUUCUCAGGAAUAUUUACCUCGGAGAGAUAUAUAUACAUACCUACCUACCUACCUACAUACCGGUUUAUUUAUGGGUAUGAACUGAGCGAGAAAAAAAUACCCGUGGAAGAUACUUUUUUUUCUUUUUUUCUUUUCUUUUCUUUUCUUUUCUUUUUCUUCUUAAAUGUAUAUAGAUGAAUAGAUGGAUGGAUUUUUUGAGGUGGUAGGGAGAUAGAGGAAGAGGAAGAGAGAGAUUUUCAUAUAUAUGUGUGUGUGUGUGUGUGUGUGUAUGGGUAUGAGAAGAGAUGAGGUGAUAUGUCAUGUAUAUAUAGAC